AUGGCAGGAGCUGGAGAGAAGAAAGGCAAGAAGGAUGACAAUGGGAUUGGCACUGCUAUAGAUUUUGUCCUCUCCAAUGCCAGACUGGUACUUGGCGUGGGAGGAGCUGCCAUGCUAGGAAUAGGUGCUUUGGCAGUGAAACGGAUGUAUGAUAGGGCUAUCAGUGCCCCUGCCAGCCCCUCCCGAACCAACCAGUCAAGCAAACGGAGUUGGGAAGAGCCUAGUUGGUUAGGCUCAUCUACGCGACUUCUGAAAAAUGACAUGAAGACAUCUGUAAGCCGCAGUCUGCAGACUCUCCCCACAGAUUCCUCUGCAUUUGAAUCAGACCCUGUUAGACCUAAACCACCAACUAGAAAAUCUCAAACAGACUUGAAGAAGACUCGUCUGCGGAUGUCCCUUCAAGAGAAACUUUUUGCUUAUUAUAGAAAAAAUGUGACCAUCCCACCCAUGGAGCAAAGUACUGCUAAGCAAGCUGCUGUAGACAUCUGUUCCGAACUUCGCAAUUUUAUCCGCAACAAGUUCCCAGAUAUGCAGUUGCGAGAGAUGCACCUCAGCGGGAGUCUGUACGAUGACCUGCAGGUGGUGAGAGCAGAUCAUAUUCAGCUUAUGGUGCCCCUGUUAUUGGAUAAUAAUUUGUGGUCAUGUGUCCCUGGGGAAGAGACCAUACUAAACUUACCUGGAUUCUGCCUCAUCCGUCGGGAGAAUGUGGAGUACUUCCCAAGGGGUACUAGCUACUGGGACCGCUGUGUUGUAGGUGGUUACCUUUGUCCAAAGUCUGUUAUAGCUACAUUUGAGAAGGUAGUGGCAGGAUCUAUAAACUGGCCAGCCAUUGGUAGUAUACUGGGGUAUGUAAUCCGACCAGUGGUCCCAUCAGAGAGCCUAAUCCUGGAGGUUCAGUAUGAGGAAGAUCGUAGGCUUUUUUUAGACUUCCUACCUUUGGUAGCACUUGAGCAGCAUGCAGCAGUAGCCAAGCCACAUAGACUCCAACGUUAUGAAAAUAUGUGGAGGCUCAGCAAACGUGGGGCUGAAACCGCUGCAUUGAUGGGGCGGGAUCAGCAGGAUUCAGGGUGCCGCUGCCUAUGUCUGAAGAUCCUAAAAGCCAUCUGUCGCUACAAUCUGCAACUUUCACAUCUCACUGCUUCUCACCUUACAAACAUUCUUCUCCACACCUGUGAGAAGGAAUCAGACUGGUCACAUGGGGUACUGGCUGACCGGUUUCUCCAGGUGCUACGAGAAACUGUGGGCCACCUAGAGAAAGGAGAGUUGCCCUCUGCCAUGGAACCAAAGGUGGACCUUUUUUCAGAACUCACUGCAGAGGAGAUUGAUGAGAUGGGCUAUUUUCUCUACUGCUCCUUGUCGGAACCUGAGGUGCUUCUUAGGACAGAAGACUAAAUGAGGACUUCUUCUGUUUGUAACUGCACAAUGACCAUAACUUCUAUGGUGUGCAAAUCUAUGAACAUUUUAAAAAGCAAGAUGAGGCUCAUACUUUUUUUUUCUUCCAAUAUAAGGCAAAUUGAACAGUGAAAUUUAAAAUGCAUGUGUUUUGACUAUCCUGCUGCUCCUUUAGAGAACCGGGAUGGUCAGAAUGCCUGUUGUGCCAUAGGACUGUUAUUUUUGUUAGUUACACAUGUUCUGUGGUGUGUCUGCUGUUUUCAUGACUAUUCCCUGAAUCUCUCUGCUAGAUAAGCUUGGGUAGGGCUGGAAUAUGCUGGGAUUUCCAGUCUCACAAGAGUUGAAAUAACAUGGUAUCUGUUGCCUACUUUAAGUGUAGUCUAGACUUUACUAUACACAAUAAUGUUCCAUUUAUUCAGACUCCUGCCGUGUGCUGCCUUGCUGUUGUGUUUCUUUGGUGCCCUCAUUCUUUCUUCAGCUUUUACUCAACCUCCUUCUGUUUCCCUUUGCUAACAAAUUACAACCUAAAUACAAUUUCACUGCAGAUAUAUUAGUAUUAUGUUACAGGGAUGUUAUGCAGCAGUAUUGCUAUUUUGAGCAGUAUUCAUAUUCUCAUCGCAGUUUUAGCAAAAAACCUUACUGUAUUUAGGAUGCUUUGCUUUAUUAUUUAUUAAUUAAUUGGCAGCAUGUUUCAGGGCAGCAUAAUACAGUGGUCACUCAUUUUAAAGAACAAUGGAAGGUCAGAAGGCUCAUAACAAUACAAGGUGCCGAUCCAACAGGAGGCUGCCCAAAACGUCUCCAAUGUGUGUAUACUCAAAAAAUUACAACGUUGGAUCGCACACUUUGAUUAGAAAAAAGGUUUAUUUACAGAAAGAAAGGUUACAAAAACAGUCAUUUGCCCUACUCGUUUCCACUGUGAAACGGUCUUCAUUGUGCCCCGAUGACUGUUUCACAAUCGUAAUGCGCAGGGCAAAUCUUUUUGUAACCUUACUUUUCUGUAAAUAAAGCUUUUUUUACUCAGUUAAAGGCGACUUAAACCCCUAUGCAAUUUUAACCAAAGGUCCCCUCCUAAGUCACAUCAAAGCGAAUCAGACUUGAUCUACCAAUCCUGAGCAGGGUUGGUCUCUCUGCCUUAUGUCAAAUUCUAUGGCUUGCCCUGUAGUAAACAAAAAACACAUUCAUUAUAAGUACAACUAUAAUUACUUCAUGCUUUAAAAUGGGUGAUAACUGUUAAAACUAGCAAACCAAAGCUAGAAAACCAACAUAAAUGUAUUUCUAGACUUUAGUGGGCAGUACAUAUAGUGUAUCCUGUGCAUACUGUUCUUCCAAAGACUUUUUCAUCUGCAUCAGCCAGUAUGCAAGGUUUAAUCCCACAAAAGCAACCAUUUCUGUUCAUCACAACUACCUCUGCUUGGGAAGGGAUAACCCUCUUGCUUUACACCUAAGGAAAUGUAAAAUAGUAAAGGUCAGGGCACACAGGCAGAUUCAGGGAGAUUAGUCACCCGUCGACAAACCUCCUCUUCGGCGUGACUAAUCUCCCCGAACUGCCUUCCCGCCAGCUAGAAAAUCACUGGCAGGGUGGUACUCGGAGUGCUUCUUUUUCCGAAGUUGCACUUCUGUGUUCUUUUGCACUUCGGGCGACUUUGGAAAACAAAUCGUGUUGAGUGCCAUCCCGCCGGCGAUUUACAUUUUAUCCGGCGGGAGGCAGUUCGGGGAGAUUAGUUGCCACAAAGAGGAGGAGAUUUGUCAGCGGGCGACUAAUCUCCCUGAAUCUGCCUGUGUGCCCUGACCCUCAAACCCAUUGAUCCUUACCAACUUUGUCUUCAGUGCAGGAUAAAUACUGUAGUAAUAGUAGCUAUUUACUAUUAAUCAGGCUAAUGCCAUAACAUGGGGCUGAUUCUUAGCCUGCAGAUAAACACAGGCUGAGAAUCACCACCUCCGCUCCCAUCAGCCCUCUCAUGUGUUUGCACCUGGAGGCACAAGGAUCAAAUUUCUGCACCUAAAUGCGUACUCAUUUAUUUAUAAAUCCUCUUUCAUUUUAUACACAUGCAAGGGAUGCUGUUUUUUCACAAAACAACAUAUUUUAAACGUUUUCUGAAUUGUUUGUAUCAUUUUUGACAGGACAAAAGCAGUCGCAUGAAUGGGAGGUAAAACAUUGUUUUCAAUACAAUCUGAACACCUUUUUAAUGACUCCUUUAACAAAAGAAACUAUUCUUCAGCACAUAUAACAUUUUUAUUUUGAAGCAAACACAGGUACGAGAUCUCUUAUUCUGAAAGCCAAUCUAGAAAGCGCCAAAAUAUGGUGUUGCCAUUUCCCAUAGUCCAAUGUAAACAAUUCUUCAUUUAUGGCUCAUUGACUAUUUCUCUGUAAUAAUAAGGCAGUGCCUUGUACUUUAUGGCAACAAAACUUCAUUAAUAUACAUUGGGGACAGAACAAUCAUACUGUUGGUUUUUAAUGUUUAAAUGUUUUCUAGAAGCCUAAAGGCAUGGUGCCCCAUAUUACGGAAAGACCCCCUUUCUGGAAAACCCUAAGCCCCAAGCUUUUCUGCUAACUGAGCCCAUAAGUGUUGUAAACAUGAAAUACAACAUGUUGCAUAAUGAAAGUAAAUCAGAUUCUAAGCAAAUGUCCAGGAUACCUUUAAUUGCAAAUUUUCAUUGAUAUAUUAACGUUAUUUAUGCAUUUUAUUAUUGAAAACUCUGCUCCUGUUGUUUGCAAUUCUCUGCACUACUGCUUCUGACUACAUGUACCAUUAAAACAGUGUCGCUGUAGACUGCAUCCAUCCAAGGCAGUGAUCCCCAACCAGUAGCUCGUGAGCAACAUGUUGCUCUCCAACGCUUUGGAUGUUGCUCCCAGUGGCCUCAAGGCAGGUGCUUAUUUUUGAAUUCCUGGUUUUUGGGCAAGUUUUGGUUGCAUAGAAAACAGAUUUAUGGCCAAACAUAGCCUACUGUAGGCUGCCAGUCCACAUAGGGGUUACCAAGUAGCCAAUCACAGCCCUUUGUGUCAUCUACAGGAACUUUUUCAUGCUUGUGUUGCUCCCCAACUCUUUUUGCAUUUGAAUGUGGCUCACGGGUAAAAAAGGUUGGGGAUCCCUGAUCCAAGGUUCCACUUCCCACAAUGUCUUGCAUGUUUGAUUAACUAUGGUGCAGGAUCACAGAUGUGUGCAGUGCAUUAUGGGAAAAAGAACUGCUGUAAUGGCAUUGCUUCUGUCGCAUAUAUUAUUAUAUAGUCAGGACAAGCAGCACAGAGGAAAAAGAAAAGACAGAUACUGCUUUCCAUUACAUUUACAGGUUGUUGAAUACUUGUAAUGUAUAAAUAUUGGAAAGCUGCUUAGAAUUAACUUUGCUUUCAGCAUACAAUAUUUUAUAUUAUGGUUUUCAAGCUGUGUUAAGCUUAUCUCACCUAAUUGUGUCUGGAGCCAGUGCAAUCUUUGGUUAGCACCAAUCUUUAACAUAUCUAUAACAAACUCAUGGACCUUGGCAACAUUUCUAGGGAACAAAUAUGCAAUCCAUACACUAUCACUUCAUUGGGAGUGGAUCUGGCUGUAAAAAGGUUUAUAAAAUAGGAUUUUUAAGGGCAAUGGUUUUAGAGUGUUGAUGUUAUUGUAUACGGUACACAUAAUAAUAUUCCUUUUAAAGCGGUAGUUCACCUUUAAGUUAACUUUUAGUGUGUUAGAGUAGUCCGUUCUAAGGCACUUUUCAAUUGGUCUUUAUUUUUAAUAAUUUCCUUUCUUUUGAAUCUUUACAUUUUUCAAUGGGGGUCACUGACCCCAUCUUAAAACAAAUGCUCUGUAGCACUACAAAUGUAUUAUUAUUACUUUUUAUUACUCCUCUUUUUAUUUAGACCCUCUCCUGUUCAUGUUCCAGUGUUUUAUGCAAAUUGGUGCAUGGUUAGUAAUUUGGAACCUAACAACCAGAUUACUGAAAUUGCAAACUGGAGAGCCGCCGAAUAAAAAGCUAAAUAACUCAAAAACCACAACUAAUAAAAGGUUAAAUCCAAUUGCAAAUAGUCUCAGAAUAUCACAUUCUAAAUCAUACUAAAAGUUAAUUUAAAGGUGAACAACCCCUUUAACUAAUGUGCUGCUAUUUCUAGUACAGAGAUGGAGUGCUGCUUCCAGUGUUACCUGUUUAUCAGGUGCCUCUAGGUGUAUGGCCCCAAAAACUGUAUCCACAAACAAAACACCAAUGGCACAUCCAAUGCGAUUAAACCAGUUGUGGGUUAUUUAUUAGCUCAUAAUCGAGGCUGCUAUUUCUAGCCACAUAUCUACAUAUUUAUUGAGGACAUCACAGCAGGAAUAAUUCAUUUUACAAAUCCAGACCUGGCAGUUGGUCCACCCCACACAAUGGGUCGCUCCACCCAGGGUUUGGCUUCUAAGGACAUGGUUCCCUUAUAGCUGUAUGCAGUGCUGUGUAUGUGUGUAGGGAUUCCCUUGUUUCAAGCUGCAGAUUCCAGGGACUCUGUGUAUAUCAAACCUUUGUUUGCCUCCAGUGUCUUAAAUUAUAUGGGAAGCCAAAGAUGGCUGUGUGGAUUGGUAGUUAUUUGCUUUUUUUAAAAUCUUUUAUUGUGUUUUGCUGACCAGUAUAACAACCACACAUCUGUAGCAGUGUUUUUCUGAAAUUAAAUGGGUGUAAUAACCUUUACAGCUCAGUGCAACAAAAAAUCCUCCGCAUAUUUAUAUGUAUUUGUGUAACGGGGGCUACCAUGCUGCUCUGUUUAGGUAUGGUCUGCUAAGGUAAGCAGUAUAGAAGCUGCCACUUACAUGUACAAAUAGGAAGAGGAUGAGGAACGUUCCAUUCCUUCAGACUUUAAAGGGGUGGUUCACCUUUCAGUUAGCUUUUUUUUUCAAUUGGCCUCCAUUAUUUUUUUUAAAAUUGUAUUUUCCUUCUUCUGACUCGUUCCAGCUUUCAAAUGGGGGUCACUGAGCCCAUCUAAAAACAAAUGCUCUGUAAAUCAACAUUGUUCGUGCUGCUUUUUAUUACUUGUCUCUUUAUUCAGGCCCUCUCCUAUUCAUAUUCCAGUCUCUUAUUCAAAUCAAUGCAUGGUUGCUAAGGUUUUUGGGACCCAAGCAACUGUAUUGCUGAAAUUGGAGAGCUGCUGAAUAAAAAGUUAAAUAACUUAAACACCACAAAUAAUAAAAAAUGAAAACCAAUUGCUGAUUAUCUCAGAAUAUCACUCUCUACAUUAUACUAAAAGUUAACAUGAAGUUGAACAACCCCUUUAAUGUAAAGGUAAAUGAAGACGACAUGUUUAUGUCUCUGACCUAUACUUGUAUCCAGCGAUGUGCUCCUCAAACUGUUACAAUUAUUAUGUGUUGCUGCCUUUGUGUUUUACUAGAUCUCUCCCCAAAAUACACUGAUAUGUAAUGGACUGUGGAAGGUGUAAUAUGCAUGUAUUCUUUUUAUUCCGGGAAGAGUGAGAGUAUGUCAUAAUAAAUGAAAACUUAUGAAUAAAACGUAACAAGCCUAA